AUGAUGAAAGAGGAAGAACAGGCUGCGACGCCGGGACAAACCAUGAAUCAGAAGGAGCAGCCUGGAUUAUCAGAUGCCAGGACUUCCCCGCUAGAAAGGCGCGCAUUGCUCAAGUUGGACCUUUUUAUCAUUCCUAUGGUGACUUUAUGCUUCUUCUUUAGCUACUUGGAUCGCUCAAAUCUUGGCAAUGUGCGGAUAGUAGGGCUUCAAAAAGAUCUUCAGAUGAGCGAUUACGAUUUCUCCAUGGCCUUAACUGUGACAUUUAUACCCUACAUACUUGUAGAGCUUCCCUCAAUGUUAACGUUAGAUAGACAACAUUUAGCUCGCGGCUGUUGCGCAGUAAACCUAGUUGAUCCUGUUAUAAGACCGAUAGUUAGCUUCUCUUGUAUCGGUUCUCUAACCAUCUCAACUUGUUCACUACUCACACCGUUCGCUUUGCCUCAACCUGUCUGGUUUAGGUUUGCCUCAUCGCUCCGUUGUCACCGCUCGUAUUAGCUUGUGCCUAACGUUGCUCUAUCACCGUAAAAGGUGUGCCAGCACUAGUAAUUCAACCAUCUCAACUUGUUC